AAGAAAACGGUUUACUCGACUCCAACGUUGAAAACUCGCGCUGAUUUCCAAGACCCUACCAUGUAUCCAGACCUUAAACCAAGAUAUUCCAAGAACUACUUUCCAAGUGAGCAGCGCGAGUUCUGCGAGCCACCAUUGCCCGGCUACACCGGGUACGUACCACGCAGGCGCGAGCACGACCUUGGCACAAGAUACGCCGUAUGGACAAAGGGAGGUUUUACAGACUCGCUAACCAUGAGGCAUAAACAAGAAAAUCUUGCAACACAAAGAAUUGAUGUGACAAGAAUCCCUGAGGCGACAGUUAAAGUGUCUAACAUUGAACACGGCACACUUUACAAAACGUUUGGCAUGAAACCUAAAUACACAGGAUACAUUCCACAACGACGCUUCAGAUUUGGGAAUACAUAUGGAGACACCACACGGUCGCUUCCAAUCUGUUACGACAGCAACGGAUAUUCACAGGCAAAAUACAUCACUACUCCAGUAAUGUAGUGUCUGCGCAUACGCGAAGUGUGUGAAAUUAGGAAUUUUAUAGUUACAAAGUCAUACAUUCAAAGCCUGAGAUAGGUGGUUUUGCAAAACAAAUGGAAACACAGUUGUAAAUCUUUUUCGCGCCUUUUUAUGCGGAUGGAAACAGCGCGCGCGCGCGUUUUUUCUCAUACUUUCAAUUAUUUCAGCGACGCGAGGAUAUUUUGUGCAUGUCUCUAAAAGGGAAUGUCCCAGAGUUUAAAGUGCAGAUUAUAAUUGAAAAUUACGCGCAUUUACCGUUUUAUAAUUAGAUAUUUAAUGUAACGUACUUAUUCACGACUUCAUUCUGACUUAAAGUGUUCAAAACUUGACAAAGAAUCGGUAUAAAAAAAUUAUUAAUAAGCUUGGUCAAAAUGUGGCCUUUUUCAUCGGUAUAUAUUUUGUCGUGAUUGAAAUAAGACGCACGCAGCACACAAGACAACAAAGUUAGAAAGCUAUAAACGUGUGUUUAGCAGAAAAUUGAUACGGCACGCGCUGCGAAAAAGCGAUAAUUCAGAAUCAUCCAUGUUGGUAGUAACAACUCUUUCAAGUAAAUUUUGUCAGCCGUUUUCUUAAAUGUGACAUUGUAUUAAAACACUUGGCUUGAUAAAUUAGAGCUAGUAGAGAAAAAACGCUCAUAACUUGUCAACUACAAUGUAAAUUGGAAUGAGCUGAAUCGGGCCUAAAAAUGGGGCUGAAACGCAAGGUAAAAAUACCGCCCCUAUUUAUGGGGCUAAAAUAGCUUUUUAUGGAGCUAAUUUAGCUCCUAUAACCCAAAAUGGCCCCGUAUAGGGCUUAUUUGUCUUUUUACAUUAAGGGCCCGUUUUGGGUUUUGGGGCCGAAUCAGCUCUUUUCAAUUUACAGUGUAUAACAGACAUAACACACUUCUAGACUUUCUAGUCCAUACAGUCUCUAGUGAUAUGGGAUACAAAACUCUAUUAAAGAAAGCUCACAGUUCUCUGACACUGUAUUAAGAUGGACUGUCUAAUGGGUCUAGCAAUGGUCCAUUAAUUUUCUUAAUUUUAAAGUAACUCACUAUUUAUAUAUGUAUGUAUAAGUAAAGUUCACUUGAUGUAAAACAAAUCAUAAGAAUGUUUUUGAAAUAUAUUUAGUUUUUGUUA